AUGUCAAAAAUUUCAAUAUCCAUAAAUAUUAAUUAUGCACACGGUCAUCAUCACUACCAGCAGGAAAGCAAUUUAUAUCAAACGGAGGAGGUGAAUAUGGAUCUUGAUAGUCUGUUGAACUUAGAGGACCAAUUUUACCAGGAAGGCUAUGAGGAGGCUAGAAGGGAGAAAUUAUCUCAUGACUUGUUGGAAGGUAGACAAUAUGGAUUGCAAGUUGGGUUUCAAAGAUUUGCACCUCUAGGUCAAAUACGGGGUAUAUGUGGUUUGCUAUUAUCAAUAAUUGAUGAUAGUAAUAUUAAAACUCGUAUUGAGGCUAUUGUUAUACUGAUUAAUCAAAUUCCUAUGGAUAAUAUGGAUUCCAGUGUAGCACAAUAUGAGAAGUUGAUGCCCAAAAUAAGGAAUAAGUUUAGGCUGGUAUUGAUGGCCAUGCAGAAACAUGUGAAACAACAAGAAAUGAACUUUACUAAAUUAACGUUUGAUGAUAUUGAAUUGCUGAUCAGGAAUAUUACGGGGGAUUUACGUGCAGAAGCUAUACAUUCUGACGUUAAUAGCGUGAGCAUCCAAGAUAAAUCUGAAAGCUGGUAA